AUGCGUUUCCUUACUCCACUCCUUUUCCUGUGCAGCAGCACUUCUGUACUCGCACAACAAUAUGCAGGCGAUGUGAUCAGCGCAUAUUUGCCAACUAUUAACAACGCAGAGGUCGCGUUCUUCAAGAUUGAUGAUCCCAGUGGCAAGAACGAUGCACUCACUUUGAUCAACUAUUACUCUCAUGGUACUGAUGGAAAUCGUAUUGUUGAAAGCAAGAUUCAGAGAGCCGUGAUCGUCAUUCACGGUCUCUUGAGAGACCCUUGGAACUAUGAGAACGACAUGCUCAAUGCUCUUGCGAUGGUCCAAGACACCAACAUCAAUCGUGACUCUGUGGCUGUCAUGGCGCCAUACUUCCCCAGUGGCGCCGACAAGGGAUUCGCCUACCCGUGGACUGAUGGCCAGAAGGCAGGCCGUGGAUCUACAACGAAUGCACUUGUCUGGUCUGGUUCUCAAUGGUCUGCUGGUGCCAACAACCAAUAUCCUCACAACAGCAGAAACACAUCGAGUUACUACGUUCUCGAUGAGCUGAUCCACUACUUUGACAACAAGACGCUCUUCCCCAAUAUGAAGCAGAUCGUCCUUGCUGGACACUCAAUGGGCGGUCAGAUGUUGCAGCGCUAUGCCGCAAUCGGUGAUCAGCUCGAGACUGAGUCGCCCGUUGUCUUGUGGAUUGCCAACGGAGAUUCUUGGGCAUGGCUCAGCGAAUACCGCCCUCUGAACGUGCCCAACUGCUCGAUCUACAACGACUACCGUGAAGGCUUCGCCAAUUUUGUUGAAUACGGUAUGACUUAUGGUGCCAACUUGGUCGCUCAGGGUCUCGAUGCUAUCAGAGCAAACUUCAACAGCAAGCAGAUCGCUUGGGCUCGUGCUCUGCAAGACUUUGGUAACCAUGCUUCGAGCUGCGCACCCGAAACCACUGGCCAAGACAGAAACGAGCGUUUCUUCUACUUUAUCAAAUGGUUCCAGCCUAGCUGCCCUGAUCCAUCCGGCACCAACUGCGAUACCGUCGACCUUGUUGAUGCUCCUCACGACAACGGCCAGAUGUUCCACUCUGCAGCAGGUCUUGCUCGUCUCUUUGAGGACAAUUUCUACGGCAACAAGAGCCGUGCCUACGACUUUGGUUACCCUCGCAAGCAACAGGGCGACGACCCCUUCCCUGACCCUAGCCAGGCCGGCACUUCCGGCGUAACCAACUACAACACCUAUGCCGGCGGUUUGACCUACCAAGGCUGCUGGACCAACCAAGCCCCAACGACACCAGAGGCACUGUCAACUCUUCUGUACGAUAACUCCAACAACACAAUUGAAGGGUGCACCUCUAGCUGUGUAAACUUGGGUUACAAGGUCGCUGGCAUGUCCGAUGCAACCAAGUGUUGGUGCGGCAACGAGAUGAGCUCUGCAUCUGCCACUCUCACUGUUGAUAUGCAGUGCAAGUCUCCAUGCCCUGGAAACACUGCCGAGAUAUGUGGUGGCAUCAACCGCCUUUCUAUCUUCUCUGCUGGCUAUCCUACUUUCUAUUAA